AUGGAGCCCAGUUGCUUCCUCUGCUACAACUGCUUCUUAGCACAAACCUGGAAACGAGAUGCUGAAACGAGGCUGCAGAAAACCCCGCAACUCCAUGAUCUUGUAUGCCAGCAGGAAAUAGAAAACGUCAGCAGGAAGAUGGAGCCUAUCAGCCAGAUGUUAGUCUUGGCAAUACGGAAUGCAUGUGAGAAGGUGGAAAAGGAUACUACAUUCCAACCAAGCAUAGCUUAUAAAAUAAGAACAUUUAAUUGUAACGCAUCCAACUGCCAUACAAGUUCAGACCAGUGGAAGAAAAGAGCAGCAAAAAUUGAAUUGAAUGAAACCCAAAAGCAAGAAAUUAAAGAGGCCUUUGAUUUAUUCGAUGUUGAUGGGUCUGGAACCAUAGAUGUGAAAGAACUGAAGAUUGCAAUGCAGGCCCUAGGAUUUGAACCAAAGAAAGAAGAAAUUAAAAAAAUGAUAGCUGAAAUUGACAAAAAAGAAAUAGGAACCAUUGGUUUUGAAGAUUUUUUUGCCAUAAUGAGUGUGAAAAUGAGUGAAAAAGAUGAAAAAGAAGAAAUACUGAAGGCCUUCAAAUUAUUUGAUGAUGAUGAUACAGGAAGCAUAACACUAAGCAAUAUCAAGAGGGUUGCUAAGGAACUAGGGGAAAAUUUAACGGAUGAUGAACUUCAGGAAAUGCUUGAUGAAGCUGAUCGUGAUGGGGAUGGAGAAAUAAAUGAGGAGGAAUUUUUGACAAUGAUGAAGAAGACCACUCUUUAUUAA